AUGACUUAUGCAGGCGCUGGUGUAUCUAUAGAAACUGGCAAUGCCCUUGUCCAGAGAAUCAAAAACGCUGUACGUUCAACAAGAACAGCUGGCACUGAUGCAGAAAUUGGUGGAUUUGGUGGCCUUUAUGAUCUGAAAGCUGCUGGGUACGAGGAUUCAUUAUUGGUUGCUGGAAUCGAUGGUGUUGGGACAAAACUCAAGAUUGCCUGCGCCCUCAAAAAGCAUCGCUCUGUGGGUAUCGACCUUGUAGCCAUGAGUGUCAAUGACCUCCUUGCACAGGGAGCAGCCCCACUAUUCUUCCUUGAUUACUAUUCCACCGGCGAACUUGACGUCGAGCAAGCUGCCGAAUUCAUUGAAGGUGUUGCCGAAGGCUGCAGGCAAGCCAACUGCGCUCUUAUUGGCGGCGAGACUGCUGAAAUGCCCGGGAUGUACGCACUAGGUGACUACGAUGCCGCUGGUUGUGCAAUUGGCGCCGUGAGGCGAGAAAAUCUUUUACCGAAACUGAAGGACAUGUCUGAGGGAGACCUUCUCGUGGGUGUCGCAUCAAAUGGGGCUCACUCUAACGGAUACUCUCUGAUCCGCAAGAUUAUCGAGAGGCACCUCCUAGACUUGAGCGCGCCUGCCCCAUGGGAUAGCUCCACUACAAUCGGCGAGGAAUUUCUGAUCCCGACAAGGAUUUAUGUUAGGCCACUCUUGAAGCUGUCCAGUAAGGGUCUUAUAAAAGGCAUGGCACAUAUCACUGGUGGGGGUCUGACCGAAAAUAUCCCUCGUAUGCUUCCCAAUCACUUGACAGCAGAAGUCGAUGUUUCGACAUGGCCUCUGUCCCCGUUGUUCAAGUGGCUUAAGCAGGCUGGAGCUUUGGCUUCACUUGAGUUUGGGAGAACAUGGAACACCGGCCUUGGUUUCGUGAUUGUUGUGUCUGCGACAGAACAGGAGCAGGUCCUCGAAAUGCUUAAGGCGGAGGGCGAGAACGCGUAUGUCGUCGGAAAGCUGGUAGCUAGAGGCUCCUCUGAGGGAUGCGUGUUGAAGAACGUGCGGAGCUGGGAUUAGCUUGAGGGUUAAAGGUUUGCUUGCUUGAUGUUAGAUAGAAGCGAUUGUUUUUAAAUCCGGAUUCCCGAUACCUUUUGUCAAUCAUUAAAUCUCA